AUGCAUCGGUCUGACCUGUUACGGUAUAAGAAGGUGACUUUGGUGGCCCUCAGUCACAACCAUAUAACAAAUAUUGAAACUGGCGCAUUUGCAUAUCUAUCCAAUUUACAACAUUUAUUUCUGUCCAAUAACCAGUUAACCACCAUCCAUGCUGGUAUGUUUUCAAAUAUGCCGCAGCUAAAAGAGUUGAUAACCGCCAUCCAUUCUGAUUCAUUUGCAAAUCUGACCCAGCUGCAAACGUUGACCCUGAACAACAACCAAAUAGCUUAUAUCCCUUCUGGUACAUUUGAAAACCUGUCCCAGCUAAAAGAGCUGUGCCUAGAAAACAACCUGAUAACUACCAUACAUCCUUGGUUACGAGUUUGA